AUGCAGUUCACUUCUCUUUUCGCCAUCCCAGCCCUCGCGCUUUUCGCGUCCGCGGCCCCCACCUCCGCCGACAACAUGGCCGUUGAGAAGCGCGCCGACAACGCCGGCCUUGCCAGCAUGCUCAUCGACCUCACCAACCAGGUCAAGGCCCCAGCCGCCGCCAUGAAGGCCACCGCGGACUCUGUUCCAGCCGACGCCAGCGAGGAGCAGAAGAACACUGCCGCCCAGUCCGUGGUCGCCAACAUCAACGAGAUCAACGAGGCCAUCAAGGCCACCAACGCCCAGAUGUCCACCAUGCAGAAGCGCAGCCUCGAGGCUCGCCAGAGCACGACUGGCACCACCCUCGCCGACCUCCCCAAGGAUGUCCUCGGCCAGCUCAACGGCAACCCAAUCAUCUUCGCCAACCUGCUCCUCACCCUCGUCCGCGAGCUCGACCCGGCCGUCACCUCCGUUCUCCGCACUCUCAACUUGAACGCCACCAACGUUGCUCUUCAGCCACUUCUCAAGGUCCAGCUUCCAGCUCUCGUUGUUGGACUCGGCAACCUCGUCAACGGUCUCGUCAUCGCUCUGGCUCCUCUCCUCGUUGGUCUUGACGGCAUCCUCGCCCCUCUCCUUGCCGGCCUCGGCUUGUAA